CUAAACAAUCUUUCCUUGCGUAAAUCUCUCGAAUCAUCAAAAGCAAUCAAAAUCAGACCACCAUGGGCUACGAAACUAAGCUGUUCAUCAACAACGAGUACGUCGACUCCAAAUCCGGCGAGAAGUUAUCGGUGCGCAGUCCCCAAGAUGGCUCGCUCGUCGUAGAAGGUGUGCAAGCCGCCGGCGAGGCAGACGUCGAUGCCGCCGUUGCUGCCGCCGAGGCCGCCUUCAAGGUAUGGCGCAAGUGGAGCGGCCCGCAGCGUGCAAAGGUCAUGAUGAAGAUGGCCGACCUCAUUGAGCGCGACUCCGAGAAGCUGGCCAAGCUCGAGACGGCGUGCAUGGGGCAGCCCAUUACCGUCGCUUUGAAGUUCAUGGCUAGCGUUCCUCCGUAUUGGAGGUAUUAUGCUGGCUUUUGCGAUAAGCUGCAGGGCGAGUCGUUCCCUGAGGAUGGCGAUUCUCGUGUCAAGAUUACUCAGUAUAUGCCUUUUGGCGUUUGUGCUGGCAUUGCUGCCUGGAAUGGUACUCACGUCACCGCCUGCAAGAAGAUUGCUCCAGCCAUCGCGGCGGGCAACACCUUUGUCUUCAAGGCGUCGGAGAAGUCUCCCCUGGGUGCCAUUGCGCUGGGCGAACUUGUCAAGGAAGCCGGCUUCCCACCCGGUGUCAUCAACAUUGUGUCCGGCGGCGGUACCACCGGCUCCCUUCUUGCGUCUCACAUGAAGAUUGGCAAGAUCAGCUUCACCGGAAGCAUUGCGUCUGGCCGCAAAGUCCAGCAAGCCGCCACAAACUCCAACCUGAAGCGUGUGACCCUUGAACUCGGCGGCAAGUCCCCCGCCAUCGUCUUCAACGACGCCAACCUCGACAACGCCCUGGCCAUGAACUCGCAAGGCUUCCUUGCCAACACCGGCCAGAUCUGCGCCGCAUGCAGCCGCACACUGGUGCAGGAGAAGAUCGCUCCCGAGUUCAUCAAGGGCCUCAAGGAGAAGUUCGAAAACAUGUCGAGCGUCAUGGGCGACACGUCUGACCCCAAGACCGCUCUUGGCCCCCUAGCCGACCAGGCGCAAUUCGACCGCGUCAUGGGUUUCCUCGAGAGGGGCAAGAAGGGCGGUGCGCAGGUACUGACCGGUGGUGUGAGGAAGGGAGAAAAGGGCUGCUUCAUCGAGCCGACCAUCUUCCUCAACCCCGAUGCUAGUGCUGAGAUCUACACUGAUGAGAUCUUCGGGCCGGUGCUCAGUAUCAAGACGUUCAAGACGGAGGAGGAGGCGAUUGAGUUGGCGAAUGAUACGACGUAUGGUCUGGCUGCGUCCAUCUACACCACUGACGUUACUCGCGCUAUGCGUGUGAGUGCGCUCUUGGAGGCUGGGACUGUGACGAUUAAUGCCCCGUACGGCGGUCUUCUCAACGCUCCGUUCGGCGGAAUGAAGAUGAGUGGUAUUGGCCGAGAGUCCGGCAAGUAUGGUUUGAUGGACUGGCUCCAGGCCAAGGCUGUCGUGUUCAACAUGGCCGUCCCCAGCGCGGACUGAGCAGCGUGACCCACGGAGGAAGCUUCUGCAGCCUUGCCAAUUACUGCCAAGAAUGAGAACAAAAAAUCGAUUCUGCCCACAAGACCUG